GAGGGGACAUGGCUGUAGAUAGGAGUUUAUGCCGGAAGACUCACCUACUGGGUGCAGAGGAGCAGGAGGGGUCAUAUGAGGUGUACCACAUGUGUAUAAUGCCCAUGGCAGCUGGAAGAGGAUGCUGAACCCCUUGGAACUCGAGUUAUGGACAGUUGUUAUCUGACAUGGGGGUUCUGGGAACUGAACCAGGUCCUCUGUGAGAGGAGCCAUCUCUCCAGCCCCUCAAGUGCACACGUCCAGGGUAACGCACACGUCUCGCUGACCGCGUCUCUCCCACCCCGGCCUCGCGAUGCCCCAGCCCAGACCUGCGCCUCCUGCGGUGUGGCACGCGGCGCCCUACUGCGCUCUGGACAGGCUCUGUGCGGCUCCUGCUUCUGCGCCGCCUUCGAGGCCGAGGUGCUGCGCACGGUGCUCGCGUGCCGCCUGCUGCCGCCCGGGGCCGUGGGCGCCUCGGGCGGCAAGGACUCCACGGUGCUGGCACACGUGCUACGCGCGCUCGCGCCGCACCUGGGCAUCGCGUUGCAGCUGGUGGCGGUGGACGAGGGCAUCGGCGGCUACCGGGACGCGGCGUUGGCGGCAGUGCGCAGCCAGGCAGAGCGCUGGGGGCUACCGCUCACCGUCGUGGCCUACGCCGACCUCUUCGGGGGCUGGACAGUGGACGCCGUGGCCCGCAGCACUACCGGCUCCGACCGCAGCCGCAACUGCUGCACCUUCUGCGGGGUGCUGCGGCGCCGCGCGCUGGAGGAGGGCGCGCGUCUGGUGGGAGCCACGCACAUAGUGACCGGUCACAACGCGGACGACAUGGCGGAGAUGGUGCUCAUGAACUUCCUCCGCGGCGACGCGGGGCAGCCGGCGCGCGGCGGGGGCCUGGGCUCGGGGGGCGAGGGGUGCGCGCUAUCGCGCUGCCGGCCUCUGCAGCUGGCGUCGCUGAAGGAGGUGGUGCUCUACUUCUCCGAGGACUGCGUGUACGCCCCCGAGGCCUUCCGCGGACACGCGCGCGACCUGCUCAAAGUGGCUGGAGGCGGCGCGGCCCCUUCGGCGGUGCUGGACCUGGUGCAAUCGGCUGAGCGGCUGCCGCUGGCUCCAGCCGUGUGGCCCCCGCGUCCCGGCGCCUGCUCCCGCUGCGGGGCGCUGGCCAACCGCGCUCUCUGCCAGGCCUGCGCGCUCCUGGCGCGGCCGCGCCUGGCCAUCGGCAAGGGCCGCCGGGGACCGUGCGAGGAGCCGGCCGGGAACCCGGCCUGCGACCCCGCGGCCCCGCCGGGACCCUGUGCCUGCGACCCGCCCGACAGGAAGAUUCAGGAGCUGACCAGCAGAGGGCUGCCCUCUUUCAGCUGCUGCCAGCUGGCCUGGCAGGUUUCCAGAAGCUUCCCACUCCCACCUGACCGGAGGAAGCCUUGCUCAGUUUUAUUCUUUAGCAGGGAUGUCCCAAUGUCCCCUGUAGCCUCAAGUACUUAGACACUUGGCAUAUGGACCCCAGGUGUUUGUGCUGUUCAGAGAGUUUAGGAGGUAUGGCUUUGCUGGAGGAGGCACGUUACUGGGGUGGACUUUGAGAGUACAUAGCCUUGUCCCACAUCCAUCUUGUCCUCUCUCUGCUUCCUGUGUGUGGGUGAAGAUGUGAGUGAUGGCCUUUCUGUUCUGGCUGCCUCCUGCCGUGCCUCUCUGACAAGAUGGACUCUGAACCCUCUGGAACUGUAAGCCCAAAUAAACUCUUCC